AGGAAGAAUUUUUGACUUUAGUAAAAGAGGAAUUAGAUGAUUUACAAACUGUAAUAGAGAAUUCAUUCAAUUUUGAAGUGAAUCAUGUACUUAGUUAUAAUCCAAAAUUCACAUAUGAUUUAUUAUUUAAAUUGGCAAAUCAACAGAAAACUUUGAAAAGUGUCAAUUUUAAUAUUUACAGAUAUGCAAAUCCUUAAUAGAGUGAAUUGGAUUAAAAUAGAGAUAUAUUGGCAACCCUUUAUUAGCAUGUUAAUGAGUAAUAUAAUACAAUAUUUUUGAAAAACUUCAUCUUUGAAGAGCAAUAUAUAAAACAGUAGAAUUUAUCUGAAGGGAUAGUUAGUUACUCACAUGUAAUGAUUUGAUAAAUAAUGAAACAUAGUUAGUAGAUAUGUUGAAAUUGAUGCAUUUUCGAGGUUCUUUGGUAUUUGAAUAUAAUAAAAAUUUGGAAAGGAAUGUAGAAUUUAUAGAUUAGUUAUUAUAAUCAAGCAAAUUUAUUUUAUGUGAUAAAAGUAAAUUGGGUGAAGAACAUGAAUCUCACAUAGUAGAGGGAGAUACGAUGCCACCUAUAGAUAUUUGA